AGUCUGCAAAGACCGGGCUGUGGGUACCAGCACCACCACCACCACCACCUCGGCGCAUCAGCGAGUCUCUGCCCGGAUCCCUCCACCAUGCAUGGAGGCAAGAGGGGUCUGGUGGCUCCGCAGAACACUUUCCUGGAAAACAUCGUCAGGCGCUCGAGCGAAACCAGUUUCCUUUUGGGCAAUGCGCAGAUCCUAGAUUGGCCAGUUGUAUACAGCAACGAUGGAUUCUGCAAGCUGUCCGGUUACCACAGAGCCGAGGUCAUGCACAAGAGCAGCACAUGCAACUUCAUGUACGGUGACCUGACCGACAAAAAGACUUUAGACAAAAUCAGGCAAACAUUUGACAGCCACGAGUCCAAUUUCCACGAGGUGCUUCUGUACACAAAAAACAGAAAACCAAUAUGGCUUUACAUGCAGAUCGCACCGAUCAGGAAUGAAAAUGACAAGGUGGUGCUUUUCCUCUGCACCUUCAGAGACAUUACACUUUUUAAGCAGCCAAUAGAAGAUGAUUCAGCCAGAGGUUGGACCAAAUUUGCCAGGCUCACAAGGGCACUCACCAACAACCGCAACCUGGUGCAGCAGAUAGCGCCUCUGAACAAACCUGAGGUCAGCCACAAGCCUUCCCGACUGGUUGAGGCUCUCCAGUUGGGCUCAGACAUCCUCCCUCAGUACAAGCAAGAGGCGCCAAAGACCCCUCCACACAUCAUCCUCCACUACUGCACCUUUAAGACCACCUGGGACUGGGUCAUCCUCAUCCUCACGUUCUACACGGCCAUCAUGGUUCCCUACAACGUCUCCUUCAGGACCAAGCACAACAACCUGGCCUGGCUGGUGGUGGACAGCGUGGUCGACGUCAUCUUCCUGAUCGACAUUGUGCUCAACUUCCACACAACCUUCGUGGGUCCGGCUGGAGAAGUCAUCUCAGACGCAAAGCUAAUCCGGAUGAAUUACCUGAAGACGUGGUUCGUCAUCGACCUGCUGUCCUGUCUGCCCUACGACAUCAUCAACGCCUUUGAAAAUGUGGAGGAGGACGUCACUCCUCAUGCCUCCCCGGCAAGUCAUCUCCGUGACUUCUCAAAUUUCCACAGAAACACAACUCGCGCAGAGGACUCUGUUCUUCCAGGUCUCAGCAGCCUUUUCAGCUCCCUGAAGGUGAUCCGCCUGCUGCGUUUGGGCCGAGUGGCCCGGAAGCUGGAUCACUACCUGGAGUACGGGGCGGCCGUCCUGGUCCUCCUGGUGUGUGUCUUUGGCCUGGUAGCCCACUGGCUCGCCUGCAUCUGGUACAGCAUCGGGGACUACGAGGUCAUCGACGAGACCACCAACAGCAUCAAGACGGACAGCUGGCUCUACCAGCUGGCCAUGAGCAUCGGAAAGCCUUACCGGUACAACGCCAGCGGCACGGGUCGGUGGGAAGGCGGCCCCGGCAAAGACACCCUGUACGUCUCCUCUCUCUAUUUCACCAUGACGAGUCUCACCACCAUUGGAUUUGGCAAUAUUGCGCCAACAACAGAUGGAGAGAAGAUUUUCUCCGUGGCUAUGAUGAUGGUGGGCUCGCUGCUCUACGCCACCAUCUUUGGAAACGUGACCACCAUCUUCCAGCAGAUGUACACCAACACAAACCGAUACCAUGAGAUGCUCAACAACGUGCGCGACUUCCUGAAGCUUUACCAGGUUCCCAAAGGUCUGAGCGAGCGCGUCAUGGACUUCAUCGUCUCCACCUGGGCCAUGUCUAAAGGCAUCGACACAGACAAGGUCCUCUCCAUCUGUCCUAAAGACAUGCGUGCCGACAUCUGUGUGCACCUCAACAGGCAGGUGUUCAACGACCAUCCGGCGUUUCGUCUGGCGAGCGACGGCUGCUUGCGCUCGCUCGCCGUGGAGUUUCAGACGACGCACUGCGCGCCGGGAGACCUCAUCUUCCAUAUCGGAGAAAGCGUCGACACGCUCUGCUUUGUUGUCUCCGGCUCCCUCGAAGUCAUCCAGGACGACGAGGUCAUCGCAAUACUCGGUAAAGGGGACGUGUUCGGGGACGUCUUCUGGAAGGAGACCACGCCGGCCCGGGCCUGCGCCAACGUGCGAGCGCUGACCUACUGCGACCUGCACGUCAUCAGGAGAGAAGCUCUGAUGAGGGUCCUGGACUUUUACACCGCAUUUGCCAACUCCUUCUCCCGCAAUCUCAUCCUGACCUGUAACCUACGGAAACGGGUGAUCUUCAGGAAGAUCGCUGACGUGAAAAGAGAGCAGGAGCGGCAGAGGAGCGAGGUGGCGCUCUCCAUUCCUGAGGAUCACCCCGUUCGCAAGUUGUUCCAGAGGUUCAGGCAGCAGAGGGACUCUCAAGCGCCAGGAGAGACGCACCCUUACUCCGACCAAAACUGCAUCCAGAUGGAGCCGCAGCACCACGGUCACACCGACUCAAACUCCUGCAAUCAGCAGCAGGAGCACGGCACCAACAUGCGCUCAGAAGCAGGGAGUGGAGGCAGGAGAGGCAGCGCGACUUCUCCUCACCAAGAGUGCAAUGACUCUGGAAAGUCAGAGCAGUUAUGCACCCAAGUGACCAUGGAAUUGAGGCCUAGUCAGAGGAGUUUAAAACCUGCACAGAGCGGUGGGACGGGUGCAGGCGGAGCCAGCAGCAGAGGGGGGCGAGGGUGGGCGAGAUUCAAGAGUGCCGUAUCUGUUGAACCGGCGCUUCCUGCUGUUGAGCAGGAAAGGGACACGCAGAAAGCGGAGGAGUGUUCGAAAGCACCGCAGGCCUCAGAGGAGCCUGCAGCUUCUAAAAAGAGCCAGGAAUCAGAAGGCGGCGGACAGACGGGGAGCACGGAGGGCGGCAACACAGCAGGAGACGCGGCAGAGGAAACUAGCGCCCUGCACAAAACCGACUCCUGCGACAGCGGCAUCACAAAGAGUGACCUGCGCAUCGACCGAGCUGGAGACUCCCGGAGCUCCUUUGAGAGGAGCCCGAUGGAAAAGAGCCCCCUGGACAGGAGUCCCUUCGAGCACAGCCUGGGGGUUUACACGGAGGUAUCCCUGAGGCACUCCUUCCUCCAGCCGGUGUCUGAACAAUCCCUGCUGCAGAUGACGCUGCACGAGGCCAAGCUGGAGCUGAAAGGAGACAUUAGGAAACUGAGCAGUCGGCUGUCUCUCCUCGAGUCGCAAGUGAGCGAAGUCCUCAGGUUGCUGUCGUCCAAACGGAGACUCUCGCUGCCUCCGACUUCUUCCAAGGCGAAAAUAAAAAGUCACGACGUGAUGGCGUCCUCUAGGGUCGUGGCGCCAAAAGCAGAAGAGGAAUCUUUGUGACUCAACAUCUGUAUAUUUUUGAUCGGCAACCCGCAUGUUUCUGCUGGACUGGAGGGCAUUUUGAACACUAAAAACGUGACUGCAUGCUGACAUUACUUUAUGUAACCUAUGCAUCAAAUCCCAGGGAUUUUUCUCAGAAUUGUAUGCACUUUGUACGGCGGUGUGUUGCCAAGAAGGCACAGAAACAUAUUAUGAACAACAACAACAAAAAAAACAAACAAGUAAAAAUACAGCUGAUUGUUGAAACUUCUUAUGCAUUUUAAAGCACCACAUUAUCUGCUCUGCAGCGUUUAUGCAUGUUACGGUGUUUUCUUAAAAGGAUGCCAAACCAUCACUUUAGUUAAAAUGGACAUAAUAAGAAAACAAAAAAACUCCUUUCUUUUAUGGAAAACAAUGGUUAGUGUUUGAUGGGUGGCGAUGUCGCCAUUUCAUUUUAAGAUGCUUGGUUUUGCAAAUGUCGGGUGCUCAGAUUUGCAUGUUUACAAACCCAACUCCAAUAGACCCCACUCUCCCCAAACCGGUACAAAGGAGCACAACCUGGUUAGAGAUAAUAACCAGUGGCUGGAGGAAGGAAAUGCCACCUUAAUUGAGUGUUUACAGUGAUGUUAGAAGGAAUAAUGACACCAGUGGUAUGCAACAGAGAAAUCAUCUUCUCAUAUCUGGUCACUUUAUUAACAUAAGACUGUUUGAUCUUGGCUUCAAAACAAAAAAAGAAACUAGAACAUAAGUUGAUCCUAGAUUAGGAAAACCAUUCUCAAGAUGAGACCAAGACAGCCCCCGGACCCCUUCUGUGGUCCAAAGGAUUUAUUGUAAAGACGAGUUAUUUCAGCGUUGCUUUGAAGGAGCUGUGAGGAAACCUUGCCAGAGACAGUUUAUAAUCAAAUUUUAUUAAGAUGUCAAAAAAAAAGAAAACAAAGCACAGCAUGACUUCUUGAACUAUUUACUUUACCAAUGUCAAUGUGCAUAUUUUUGUCGUUCAUCUGCUUGUGUCUCAGAGAAAAUGGGAGCCGCUCUGACUUUUUGUUCUCUCCGUAUAAGAUCGGAACAUGCUCAACAUUUGCACAUGCACAAUGGAUCGGUCACUUUGUCUAAUGUCUCCCCUAUGUCCCCUCAUCCCUCACUAUAGCUACCACCCCUGGAGUCAGGUAACUGUAUGUGCCUUAUAAAGUAAAAGCCUCCCACAGAGGUGGACUGAUCAAGGUUAAACAAUUAAGUACCUGUUAGGGUUGACCUUUAUUUUUUCCCACACUAGUGUCAUUUAGAAGUUCUGACACAGACUAGUAGAGCAUGGAAAUCUAAAGGGUGAAAAACAUAACAGUAUAUUAGUGAUCUACACAUUUAACUACUGAAGUGUUCAACAAACGGAUUUACCCAUGCUCAAAAAGGAUUGCAACAUUGUAAUGUAUAAUUCAGAUAUAGAAACAGAACUGUAUUAAACUCACUAUUUAUUCUGACAUGUAACUAAACUUGCUCAGGUACGCUUAUUACAGGUAGCUGAUUUAAAUAAUUGGCAUUUAAUUGUAGAUGACUUCCGAUUAAGUUAGUGUAAGCUGUGAUGUUGUUAGCAUGCUGGCCGAUUUGGUACAUCUGUCCUACGUUAGAUCUAUUUAGCGACCUUGCAUGCAUCUGAGGGAGCCUGUCGGCUGUGAAAUGAAUAAUGAAAACAAGAUUCCUGCUCACCAUCUGUUGUUUAGUCUCCUAUGUAGCACAUCUUUAUCUCAUGAAAGUUGGAAACAAUUCUGAACUCUGUUUUUGCUACAGACGAGCAGCUAAAACUCCCAGCACACCAAAAAAAAAAAAAAAAAAAAAUGCAUGGAAAUAUGAAAGGUUGUGAUAUGACCUAGAAUAUAAUUUGUCAUAGUUUUAUUAUUUAUUUCAGUUUGCAGAUGAAUAAAAAUGUCUUCCUUCGUUA